AUGUACGCUGUGCCCAUUGCGGUCACCUUCCUCUCCUUGGCGUGCUUGGUGGUCGCGCUGCGUCUGUACACGCGGUUGCAUAUGGUUCGAACGCCUGGCCUGGAUGACCUGCUGAUCGUCCUUUCGCUGGCGGCAGACAUCGGGUUCUUCGCUUUCUUGAUAGUUGAGGUCCGCAAUGGCUUAGCAGAGAACCAGGAACUUCUCAGUCCGAAUACUAUACGCAAUCAACUCAGGGCUCUGUACAUCACGAUUCCACUCUACAACCUCAGUUUGACCCUGACCAAACUGUCGUUGAUCUUCCUCUACAAACGUCUGUUUCCAACGAAGUACUACCAGAUCAUCCUGGCCGUCACCUUAUUCUUCGUCAUCGCCACGGGGAUGUGGAUGGUGUUCAGUGCGAUUCUCUUCUGCAUUCCCGUUCGGUCCUUCUGGGACACGUCGCUGCCUCGGACCUGUCUCCCAGAGGGCGUCGUAUGGUGCCUGAACGCGGGAUUCCAGAUCUCGACCGACUUGCUGCUGGUCAUCUUGCCGAUGCCCGUGCUGGCCAAGCUGCAGAUCCCCAAACGACAGAAGGUCGCACUGAUUCUUAUCUUCGCUCUGGGAUUUUUUGUAUGCGCGAUGAGCGUAAUCCGGCUCACGACAAUCGUCAAACUCAUUCGUUCCCCAGACUUUACAGAGGGCAACGGCCUCGCCGCAACAUGGUCCUUCAUCGAAUGCAACGUCGCCAUCAUCUGCGCCUGCCUGCCGCCGCUCCGCCCCUUCAUCAUCCGCUUCUUCCCGCGCCUGAUGCCCUCCCGCGCGCGCUCCUACCACCCGCGCGAGAAACCCUCCCGCCCCAGCGGCGGUGUCAGCAUCGUCAGCCACGGGCACGGCAACCCCUUCGCGCCGUCCAGCACGAGCUACGUCACCAGCGUCGCGGGCACGUUCUCGAUGGAGAGUCUGAGUCUGGGGGCGCAGCAUCCGCAACCUGCGGACGCAGCAGCAGCGCAUGGGAUUCAGAUUGUGCAGGAGCUGCGGUGGGAUUCGUUUGCGGCGGAGGAGCGGCGGAAGUCCGUGCGGUUUGAUGGGCUUGAUCCGGUCACGGGGGUAUGAUCUGUUAUGCCGUCGGUUUCUUGGAGUAGUUGUCAUGGAAUGGAGUUGGUUUAUGGGUUGGUUCGAUGAUACCAUUUUUUCCUGACGGGAUUGAGGGGCUUGGUUGGUUCAUGCGCAGGGAGUGAACUUGGGUGAUGAGGUCUAGACUUAUUUCUCUCUAAUAUUGGGAAUCGGGGUGGGAUGGUGGAAGUGGAACAAAGGCUCAUAGAUGCUUUACGGUAGAUGUGCAUU